AUGUUUAUUCUUACUACCAUCUCAGAUCUUAUCCAGAUUUCCCCAGAGGACUUCUCUAAGUAUAGUUCUGUUGCUAUUGAAGACAACAUCAAUGAAAAAUAUGCCAACAAAGUUAUUCAAAAGAUUGGGCUUUGUAUUGGCUUCUAUGACCUGCUAGAGUCAUCGGAUGGUCUCAUCGGCCAUGGAACAGGGCUUGUGAACGUGAACGUCAAGUUCCGGCUUAUUGUUUUUCGUCCAUUCAGAGGAGAGAUUAUGCUGGGCAAGAUCUCCAUCGGCGUGGAGUUUUUCAAUGAUAUUCUCGUACCCCCAGACCUUCUUCUGGACGGCGCUAGGUUCGAUUACCAAGACCAGGUCUGGAUUUGGGAGAAUGAAGAAGGUACAUUCUACUUUGAUGUAGGAGAAGUCGUUCGCUUCCGUGUUGAGGUGGAGGAAUGGCAUGAUCAGAUCCCCAACGCUCCAGAUCUGGGGGAUGGCGCUCCCACUGAUCGCAAGCCACCAUACUCGAUCAUCGGAUCAAUGCAAAUGGCUGGUCUCGGACCGAUAUCGUGGUGGUAG